UCUCCUUGCACCUUUACUUACCUGUAUAUCAGUUUUAUAAGUUUUUGAAGUAAAUAUAUAAUAGUUUUUGUUUAUUGAAUUUGAAAAUAAAUUUGAUAAACUACGUUUACAUUUAAUACGAAAGAUGUCUCUGCUGUCGUUUGGCGCAAUGACGUUUGGUGACGUCAUUAGAUAUCGUCCGUGAAAUUUCCAGUGCCUGUCUUGAUAUCGUUUCUGUUUUGCGCGUAGUGGAAUAGUGAAUUGAAUCGAAAAGCAUCCACGUCUAAAUUUGCAGUUUGCAGGUGUAUAUUUGGUAGUGAGAAACUUUGUUUGUCGUAUGUCCAUCCAGAAUCUUAAUACAUUUGACCCCUUUGCUGAUGCAAUCAAGGGAUCAGAAGAUGACGUGCAAGAUGGUCUAGUGCACAUACGAAUCCAGCAGCGGAAUGGUCGUAAGACACUGACUACGGUGCAAGGACUAUCUUCUGAGUAUGACUUGAAGAAAAUUGUCCGAGCAUGUAAAAAGGAGUUUGCGUGCAAUGGCACAGUGAUAGAACACCCGGAGUACGGAGAGGUGCUGCAGCUGCAAGGCGACCAGCGGGAGAACAUCUGCCAGUGGCUCACCAAGGCCGGCCUGGCCAAGCCGGAGCAGCUCAAGAUCCACGGCUUCUAGGAGUCCGUGCCCACCAUGAUCCUCCUCAUGCUCUAAAUUAUCCGGCGGACCGCGACGGGACACUUCACCAAAUUACAGUUGCACAAAUAACCUGUUAAAUAAUAAAAAAAAAAUAUUAGUUGGUUCAACAAGGUUUUGUAAGCAAUAAAAUAUUUCUCAUUCUCGAUUUCUGUCAAUGUUAACUUCAACAAACUGAUCUUGGGCAACAUCAUUUCGGACGUCGUACGGAAAGGCAAUGUGUGUGUUUUACGUGAGGUAGUAUGUAUCUGAGUGCUAUUGAUGAUUUUAGAGAAUUACUUUAAAGUGUUAGUAUAUCAAUUUUUCUUGGUUUUUAAUUUAAUGGCAGUUUUAUAAUGUAUACAAUCUAUUUUUGUACGACCUGUUGAUUGAUUGAUUUUUCCUUUAAAAAAAAUUGAGUUUUAGUUUGCCUUCUUGUAGAAUACAUUGACUAAGGAAGAUUAAAAAAAAUGUGUAGCUGAAUCUCCAACCUACCAGUUUGAUAUUCCGUGCCUUUGGGGGGGAUCAUGAAAUAAAAAUUUUUCAAGACCUGUUGUCUAUUUUACACUUGGUGUACUAGUAGUGUCCAAAUUGUUUUGAGUGUUGCUUCGUUUUACCCAUGUUGCAGUUAAUUCCAGGAUCAAUCAUGUAAAGUUAUGUUCAAUGUAAUAAAGGUUAAUUAAAACGGUAUUGUCCCA